AUGGGGGGAAAUCAGUCGAUGCCGAAGAUUACCAAGCAGGACCGCGCAAUCCUAGAGUCAAUCCAAGCGGUCCUCGGGCGAGAGCACCAAAUAGCGAAGGCGCAGCUUGCUGCAGGGAACAAGGACCGGGCACUCAUCGCGCUGAGGAAGCGGAAGUACCAGGAGGGUCUUCUCGCAAAGACGGAUACGCAACUGGAGAACCUGGAGAAACUGGUGUCGACCAUCGAGUUCUCUCUCGUGGAAGUGUCCGUCCUGCACGGCUUACAGCAAGGGAACGAAGUGCUCAAGGAGAUUCACAAAGAGCUGAAUGUCGAGAAUGUGGAGCGGAUAAUGGAGGAAACGGCAGAGGCGAGAGAGUACCAGCGGGAGAUCGACGAAAUGCUGGGCAACUCGUUGUCUGCCGAAGACGAGGAGGAAGUACAAGCAGAGCUCCUCGCGCUCCAAAGAGAAGAGCUUGGCGUUGUCGAGUUGCCUUCGGUUCCCAUCCACCCAGUCGAAGACCUGGAAGAAGGCAAGAAUCUCCCUACUCUUCUUCCCCACAUGGCUGACUUGGACACAGAACGGGAGCCCCAGAGCCAGACAGAACGUGUCCCAGUGGCUGCUUGA